CCCCCGUUUUGUGCUGCGCUUGUCAUUUGCUGCCUGCCUUCAUUUUUGGUUGCACACACUCAGAGGCAGCAGUGAUGGCAGGCGCCACUGCUUUGCCACUUCAGGAAUUCAUCGCGUCAUUGGACGAUACCUGUCUGCCAAAAAUUUUGCAAGUUUGCUCUGGAGUAUAUUUCCAAGGUUCUAUAUAUGAAAUUUCUGGGAGUGAAGUGUGCUUUUCCACUGGGGAUCUAAUAAAGGUCACUAAAAUUGAGCUCCUAUCAGUUUCCUGUCAAGACGUAGCAAACAAUGAAACAUUUGAGCUGCCUAUCAGCCACACAGGCUUGUUCAGGGUCGUGCCAGAGGAGAUGCCGUACAGUACGGUAGAGGAGAUGGUCAGCAUGAGGCCGGUAGGCCUCGACUCCUCUCUUCCCUUCACUUUCUCCAGCCACUCCAAGAUGACCAUUGGCAAUUUAGCACUGGGAGCUGGGACAGCUUUGACUGUGCUCUCUGUUGAGAAGCACAAGGAUCAAGAGGAUCAAGUCCGCUGCCUUAUUCGAGGACAACAAGAAGCCUCAGCUGAAGUGUGCAUCCCUGUUUCUUUCCGAGGGGAGUUCUAUGAGUGUGAGAGUGAGGAGCGCUUUACCCUGCGGGAGAUCAUGUCCUCGUCGUCCCUGCGUAGCCGAAGGUUUCGCUUUGUCAAUGCUACCAAGUGUGAUCGGCCUCUUAUGCUCAGUCCAGUAUACCAUGUCCAGGCCGUCAUGAACUUGAGGAAGAAUGUGGUGAAGUUUCCAUCCAGUUUAGAAGUGGAUGUGGUCGAUGUCACCGAGCUGUGUAAAGAUGUGCAUUUUAUUGUACCCCUUUCUCUGAGUGAAGUCCACUCUGAGCCGAAUAAAUCAUUCCCUGGAGUGGUGGAGAUCAUCGAAGACCCAGAGACGCGCUCCCUGUUCAAGUGCAGCUGGCUACCGGAGCUUCGCAAGAAUGAGCACCUGAUUUUUCACAAAAAAGGAACCUCGCCCAUGAUUUUAUUAUCCACUUUGAAAAGCAGGAAAACACCGCAGUACUUCCUGGUGUCUCAGCAAUAUGGUGGACGUUUCCGGAGACGGCCAAGAGAGUUUAAUUCAGUAUACGAGCUGUACGUUGCUUCAAUCCACGCACCAGGUCUGAAGGUCAGCGUAACAAGGAACUGUGAGGAAGUGGAAGAGGAGGGACUCCCUGCCCUCAGUGUGGGGGAACAGCUUGAGGUUGUGCGCUGCGAUAGGAUGGUUUUACCCUGUGAAGGCAAAGCAGGACAGAAGCAGUCGGUAGAGGCUCUUUUGUGUUAUCGCCUUCAAGAGUCGGAUGAUGAUGAUGAUGAUGAUGAUGAGGAUCAGGUGAAAAGGGAGGAUGAAAAGGAAGAGAUUAUUAUGCCUCUUUACAUGGAGGGUCACUUUGUGGAAGUACUCAGUGACAACAGGAAGUACAAACUCAGUGACUUGGGGAAGGAGUUUAGCUUGCCUCUGGAUGUUAAAGUGGUGGGCCGUGAUACAGAACUCGAGAAGGAUCCCCUCUAUGGGUUCUCAUGUCUCAGAAUAGAGGCAGCUAUGUUGGAACCCACCAUUCAGGCAAGCUUUGUACACAAGCCAGAGUACUGUUUCGAGAUCCCAACGCAGUGGCUCUCAAUGUCUGUCUAUUUUACUACAGACCCCCUCCCAUGGCCCAAAGAUCAACCCCCCACGUGUCAAGUGGAAAGAGUUACCGAAGUUGCAGACACAUUCUUUUAUGAGUUUCGCAAACGUGGUAACUCAGAUGCGGAGCCGCCACCUCGACCACCAAAGCGAAACAUGUCAUUUUCGGCACCUCCCAAAAAAACAAAGAAAUCAAAGAAGGCAAACAAAUCCAAACAUCAAGGAGACAAAAGCGUCCCAACCAAACAGUUCAGCGACUUGACUUUGAAUAACAAAAAGAGGCCCCCCGCCCCACCACCUCCCGCUAAUGAAGAUGAGCCCCCACCACUUGUGCCCCGAAAGUUCUCAGCGGCUGACCAAACCAUAGGCAAGGCUCUGCCAAACACUUAUGUACAAAUGAAGGAGUCUGCUAAAACAGGGAGUGUGCCUGAGGAUGAAAAUGGGGACAGUGACCAUGACUAUGAAACUGUGGAUGACACUUUGGCUGUUAUGAUGAAGAAAGCACAAGAAAAUGUUAUGUACUACUAAAGGAAAUAUCUUCUACAUCUUCUGCAACAGAGAAAAAUCCUGCUUGAGCAGUGAGAACUGAACUGUUCCCUAUCCUACAAGUGCUGUGCAGGGUUGGUUGACAUGACAUCAUUCAGCUUAGCCCAGAAUAAAUACAAACUUGGUGGUGUUUUCACAUCUGUUUUCUCACGUGGUCAGCAAAAUUUCUUUUUACCUCAUAACUUUAUACCCAGAACUAUACUUCACUGUUUUCAGUAAUCGUGUAUUCAAACUUUGAACACAUACCACUCUUGUAGUUCAAACACUUUUUGUUGUACACAAACUUGUUUAGAAAUUGUUGAUUUAACCAUGUAGUAAUUGAGGCUGUCUUUCAGCUUCGUGUACAGGUCCGUAUUUAUAUUGUGAGGUACUAAGUAGCUAGUUACUGUAUAUAAUGCCUUCUUAUGCAUAGUUACAGCAACAAACUAUAGGAUAAUAUGCAGUCGAACAUAACACCAUAAAUUACAGCCUUUAAAAUUACCAGUGUUAAAUCAAUAACUUCUCUCAAAAAUGCAUAUUAAUAAGCUUCAAACUGGCUUCAAUGGAUUGUAUUCUGUUGCACAAGUAUACAACAUAUGUGUAUGUCAAACUCCUACUGCAUAGAUGCAAACUCUAAAGAGAAAUAGCUCACCCCACUCAUUGAUGGAAGGCAUUUGUCUAAACCGCAACAUUGUAACGCUGCAGCACCGGUAGCAGAAGCCGUCCCUCUAACCACAUCAAACUAUUUAUCUGUGAACAGAAAUGUAUUUGCCUUUUUUUUUUUUUUUUUGCAAAUUAACUCCCAAGGAGGAGUAGAAACAUUUUCACUGAAAAUGAAAGUAUGUUUUGCAUCUUUGUUAACCAAUGGACAAUCCAUUUUGUGCCAUUUUUCUUUGAAAGAUUAUUUCCACUGCAUGUAAAUGUGUGGUUGAUUUCAAUUUUCUA